AUGGCGGAAGCGCAACGUCUCAUCGUGCCUGCGUAUAUGAUACGAAUCGGGCGUGCUGAGCGGCGGCUCGGAGAUCGCCGUGAAGCGGCUGUCGGCGCAGUCGCGGCGGAGUUCCGGAACGAGGUGGAGCUGAUUGCCAAGCUGCAGCACCGCAACCUGGUGCGGCUGCUGGGCUGGUGCGCCGAGCGCGACGAGAAGCUGCUGGUGUACGAGUACCUCCCCAACCGCAGCCUCGACGCCUUCCCCUUCGGUGCGGUAACCAAGUCCAAGUGCAUGCACCUGUCUGCUGUCUGUUCCUUCUCUUCCAAUUUCCAUUCCAGCACUCAUCCGAGGCGUGCGUAUAUCGAUCACCUGUUCAUUUGUUAG